AGUAACAGUUUCUCCUCCCCUACGUCAUGUUGAGGUGAUUUCCAGCUUCACUGAGAUCUAUCAGACAUUAAACAUCAUUCCCUGAGGAAGUGAGACACAUACAGUACCAGGAGGCCACUCUAAGGAAAAAGUGAUGUCUUAUCAAACAGAAGCAAUGACUUCCCAGCCACAAAUGACUGUAACCAGCUACACUGUCUCUCACUGGAGCUCUGAUGUCUGUGACUGUUGUGAGGACUGCGGCAUUUGUCUGUGUGGGGCAUUUAUUCCUUGCAUCUUGGGUUGUAAGGUGGCACAGGAUAAUGGUGACAGCUGCUGUUUGCCCUUCCUACCUGGAGCUAUGAUUGCACUGAGAACCAGCAUCCGUGACAAAUAUCGUAUUAAUGGCUCUGUCUGUGAUGACUGGGUGAUUAUGACCUGCUGUGGACUCUGCGGACUCUGUCAGAUGGCUCGAGAGCAGAAGGCGAGAGGCUAAUUCAAAAAGAAUUAAGAAAAGAGAGAGUCCUAUUUUAAAAAAUGCCUGGAU